AUGUAUUCACAGCAAGCACUUCCCACCAUUCGGGAGGGUGUACUGUAUGAGGACUUAGGAGAAGUUCACGACAAAUAUUUCGGUAGACCCCAAAGUAAAAUUGUUCAAGGAAUGACUGCAAAAGAAAAGAGACCCAGAGGUCCGGUGGUAAAGAAGGAUAGAGGAAAUAAAUGGGAUGUAAAGAGUGUCAGACUUUCCUCCAUUGGAGAAGAUAACUUUUUACAGGAAGAUUUGGAUAUAGAAGAUAUUAUGGCAAAAGAAAAAAGAGCGUGUCUUCAUGGUAGGAAGAUCAAGAAAGCAAAAAGCAUCAGCCUUUGCGUUAUCCAGGAAGAUGACGACUUGAAGGUUGAAAUGGCAGAUGAAGAUAUCAUUGCGAAGGAAAAAAGAGCAUGCCAUCAUGGAAGGAACAAAAAGAACAUCAAGAACUUCAGUCUUUCAAUGAUUGAGGAAAAUAGGACCCAAGAGACAGAAGUGGCCAAGGAAGAUGACAAGAUGCCGAGUGUGGCUGAGACAGAGAUUCUGCCAGAGAGCAGCGUCCAGCGGCUGGACUUGACAGUAGAACCAGCUACAGCGCAUAGUGCAGCUGGAGCAUUUGCCUCUCAACCCACACGGAAGACCAAGAUCAGCGCAUUUGUACCAAAAGAAAAGAUAUUGUCGAGUGAAAACAUUGAGGUCGCUAAAAGCUUUGAUAUAUUGACCACUGAACACAAAGAUAAUGUUGAGACUGUAACAGAGGAAAUUCAAAAAAGCCGGAUUCACAAACUGCAAGAGUUGCUGGACAUCCUGGAGAUCCAAAUCAAGAAUAAAACAGCCUAUCUGUCUGCGCCUCCAGAAAUGGCACUGAAGGAUUUGGAAUACAAAAACCAGUUGAGAGAAAUAUAUCGAAAAUCGACGCAGUGUUAUGGAGAUCUGAAUAGGGGAAAGACCCAAGGGAAAAUAGAGAAUAAGCUAGGUCAUGAAAAAAUCCAGGCAGAUCCAAAAAAGGAGAAAAUAGAUUCUAAGAUAGACAAGAGAGAAACACGUGCGCAUUCUGACCAAGUCGUUCAUGAAAUUAUCAAAAUUCUUGACAAAGCUCGAACACGUGACGGCCAUCCUGAAGGCUCCAAAAAGGAAAAGAGUAAACCCAAACACAACGCAUCUUUGAAGGAUUCUAGAAGCGUGCAACAUUGUGGUGGAGAACCGUCUACAAGUACAAAUCGUCAGAAAAUGCGACAAAAACGAAAAGAGUCAAAGGAAAUCUCUGCUUUAAUGUCAGAAUCCCCUUACGCUGAAAGUAUGCGCUGCAAAGAGGUGCACUUACCGCGAAUGAAGCUCAGCCCUCACCAGAAAGGAGAGCCUGUUUUCCCUCCAGCACAGAGCAAGAAAAUCUGCAAACUCCCGCCAAUUCAGGGAUCGAAGCAGACGUCUAGUCCAGCAUUGGCCGUUUGCACUGUUUCAGACAGAAGCCUUGAUACUCUGUCACCAAUGGUUCCCCGAACACCGAGUAGGCAAGAGGGCCGACCCGCAUGCGCUCCGCGUGUACCCGCAACUCCCGUACCUCGGCAAGUUAGCCCUGGACACGUAGUCCCCGCUGCUGCAAGAUCCAUGAGCAGGACUGGAUCAGGCACAUCAUCCACACCACUUAUUCGUUCUCCAUUGAUGAACAUCCCAACAACAUCUCAAGAUAUCCGCAAAUGCCUCCAAGCCCGUAAAAACCCAAAGAAAACCUGAAUGAAAAACCUUUCUUCUAAAUUUAGUUUGAUGAUAUUGGGAACAGCAGUACUCUUUUGGCUUUAAUAGUAAAAACGUACUUUACAACACCCGACAACUAUGUUCCAACACGUGUCAUAUUGUCGGUAAUCUGAAACUGUUUUUGUCUCGCUGUUCCUAUAUAUAAGUCAUUCAUGGCUCUACUACGGUAAAUCCUUCGAUUUCAACAGCCUGGAUUUUUGAUGUCGUCAUUUCCCAUAUGAAUGAUAUCAUUUCAAUGGACCAUGUUCUUGUUCAUUUACC